UACGCACUAUUUACGGCAAGCAAAGAAAAAACAUCUCAAACAGACUGAGCAAUGGAUCCAAACACCACCAUUCUCCGGGUGAAGAGAAAGCGUGGCACCGACCCCGCAGAUGCCUUGCUGCUGGCCUGUAAACGCAUCCGACCGGAGGGGAAUGAUCAGCAGUCCCCCGGGGAGACUGUACCGGAGCCAGAUGACACGGAGGUUGAGAACUCGGUGUUCAAACUCGUGGCGACGGUAGCAUCUCAGGAUGCUCCAGUCCAGACCCAGGUUCGUGAAGCCCUGGCCCGCCCCCGCGUAGCCCACGCCCUCCGCCCCUCUGCCACCAGUUCACAGAGGAUCAUGGGAGAUCUACGGAGCACCAAGUGGAGCACUCGGCGAGACGAGCGUUACCGUAUCCUGUCGAGCCACAGAGCAGGUCUGCCGGCAGAGCGGCCAGCUCCAGCCUCCUCCCCGGCCCCAACCCCUGCCCCACCUUUGGCCCAGAUUGAGGUUCCAGGUAGGGGAAAACGGGUCGGACUGGGGGGUUCGGAGGCUGACUGGAACUUCCGGCAGGUCCAGGUGUUUGAUCUUAUCCAGGAGGAGGCAGAGCCGCAGGACAAGGGCUCCAGCAAGACGGUGACCUCUGACCCAGAAGAGAUCAUGUGUAACUCCAUGAAGAUGAUCCGAGAGCAUCUGAGCGUGUCAGGGGAGGGACCAGGGGCGGAGCAUCGUGAGCGGGAGGACGAUUACGUUUAUGACCUGUACUACCAGGAAACGGCUGCGCCCGGCUGGAUUCAGGAUAUCCUGUCUGUCAGAGCCUACACAGAUGAGGGCGAGCUGGUGCCGGACCUGGUGGUCCACGAGGAGGAGGUGUACGAGGAUGAGGAUGACGAGAACGAGGAAGGUAACUGGAGGAACGACUACCCUGACGAAGACAGCGACGAAGACGGAGACCGGGAGGACAGAUACGGAGGCUACUGGGAGGAGGAGCACUCAUACAGCAGGCGGAGCUGGGAGGCGUACCAGAGGGAAAUCCUUCACGAGCUGGGGAACCACAACAACGAGGAAGAGGAUGAAGAUCGAGACUCUGACUGAUUCCCACUGCAGACCUGUGGCUGGUUCACAGAGGCCUUCUCCAGAAACCUUCCUAGCUCCCUACACCUGAGUACACUAGAGUUGCAACCUUCUUUCCUUCCUAACAACCCCCGCCCCCUGACAUGGCUGCAUCGGUAGCACUGUAGACUGCCACAGGUCCACCUGUCCAGCCAUGUUUGAUCCUGGAUCACUUCAAGGAAGGAAGGAAGGAUGCUUUUCAAGGGUGUAGUCUAGAGAGUAUUCAGACACGGCCCCGAUGAAAGCCCAGCCUACUCUCCACUCCUCUCAGACCUGCUCACAUCAGCCUGCAGGGGCUUGGGACCAGGGUUAUUUUUUAGUUUUGUUACUGUGCAGGUGUUGAAGUGGUGUGUGAGUGUUAGUUCAAAGUGAAUGAGGUAGUUAUGUUGCACAUGUUUGUGGUAUGCUCUGUAGGCUUCUUGUUACCACUGUGUGUUAGUUAGGACGGUGUGCUGAAUAUGGGGUGUUUCUGUUUGCAUUUGUGCAUGGUUGCGUGUGUGUGUUUUAAGAGUUUGUUGGCUUGUGUAAGUGUGUGGUAGUGCAUAAUAUGAAAGUGUAUCAUGUGUGAGUGUGUGCUCCACAUUCUCCUGUUGUCAGACUGUUGUGUUGUGGCUGCUGGAUGAAGAGAACAUGUUUUGUAAAUAUGUAGAUGUGUAAAGAAAGAAACCAAUAAAGCUUUCAAAAUAAAUAACAUUUUCUGAAGA